UCGCACCUCAUCGUCCGAUUUGGUAAAUCCUAUCCCCAGUCUGUGCAACGAGUCUAACCGCUAAUACUCGAGUAAUAGUUACACAAUUCACCACUACAACUACCACAACUACCACUUCUCUCCUUCCCUCCUUCCCUCCGUCCACAAUAGGUCAUGCUCGCAAAACCUCGAUAUUGGAACCAAGCGGCGUUCGCAAACUACCUUGGCGGAUCCGAAGACGAAAUCGCAACUGUGAGACGGGGUCUCGUGCAAUUGAUGAAAUCCUACGACGCAAUCCACAAGUCGUUCAAGACCAAAGCAGCGAAGAAUGGAUUAAAAGAGCUAUUGUUGUUGAAUCUCGACAAACUACUAGUGCUCGUCCGAGAUGCACACACGAAUGACGUUCGCUUGGAGGGGUUGAUGGGUCUGGCGUACAAGGUCAACAAUUCGCAUAAGCAGUAUGGGCGCGAGAAAAUGGCUUUUAUAAUCACGAAUAAACCGCCUGCGGUUAGGGAUAACGAUGAGAACGAUGGCAAUGACGAUGGCGAUGAAAGUAGCAGCGAGGAAAGUGGAGAGGAGGAGGAUUCAAGCGAUGGCGGUAGCAGCACUGGGAAUGGCCCGGGGAUACACAAGUUCAACGAUCAACUAAAGCGUGAAGUCAAUGAUACCAGAAAUCGUGACACGCCUUCAGAAAGCAGGGGUCAUGAGCGGAUCCGCGAUAUUAGAAGUGACCAUAGCAUAAGCCAUAGCAGAAGCCACAGCAGGGCCAACCAUAGCAGUCCGGCAGUCGUCCUGAACAGAGACUCUGCGGCAGAGCCCCCGAACAAGCGCAUGAGACCAUCAGAACCACUAGCACCACUGAAAACACUCUCUGGACCUUUCCCGUCUUUCCCUCAAUAUCAGAAACCCAGCUAUAAUCUCCCUGUUCGCAACAUAUGGGUGGUAAAUGAGGUCGACAAUGAAAGUCACGGCCUCUGUCCUAUCAUGGAACUCGUCAAGAAAGACACCGAUAAGAACAAUCUUCAACUCUCGGACCUGGACUUUGACCACUGGCUGUUGAUUGUGCAGGCCCAUUGUGGCUACGACUAUAGUAUCCACCGGUUGGAAUAUCGGCCGUCAGCUACCAUCACCUUGCCUCUAAUGAUCGGUCGGUCGUUUACAGUCCCCAUGCGCACCCCGAGUCAGUGGCGGGGUGCACUGAACUCACUGCUACAAGCUAAACCAGACCAGGAUCCAGUUUUUCACCUGGUAUCUCAAUGUGAGUAACUCCAAGUCUUGUUGUGCUCUUCGUGGUAAAUCCUGAAUUUGAUUUUUCUCAGAUAUACCAGCCUGCUACCAGGUUGAGUCCUACCGUGAAGCAA